AUGAAUUAGUCGAUUUUAUUCAAAUAUUCUACGUAGUAAUUACCAAAAAAAUGUAUAUUAGUCGGUUUUUCUUGGCUGAUGGAGGAAGUAGAAUCUUCCAAGCAACUCUAAAGUCUAAAACUAUACCUCUCUGACUCUGAGUAUCUAUUCCUAAUCUUCUUAUAAUAAAAACUCAAACAAUCUUCUGUAGCUGCAUAUUCUCAUGCUUCUUUCAUUAUAUUAAAUUUAAGAGUAUAAUUUCUAGGUUAUGGUAAUGGAAUCUCUUUCAUAUGGUUCAGCACCAUGUUGUCAAGUUGUUAACACAGAGUUUAAUUCAAUUAAAAAUAGCUUAAUUUCAACUCAAUCAAGGGUUUCAUAUAUUAGAAAUAAUGGAAUUUAUGAAAAGGGUCAACAAAGAGGAAUUAGGUCACAAAGUGUUUUAGAAGGUUCUAAAAGAUUCAAAUUUAAGGUUAAUAGUGGAAGAUAUGGUGAUUAUGUGAUUAAUGAAGAUGAAGCAAGAGAUAUUGUAGGGAUUGAUGAACCUGCUUCAAAGGUUUUGAUUCCUGGUUUGCCUGAUGAAUCGAACGGUGAAUCUGGUGCGGUGAUAAGUAGUUGUUUUAAGGGAUGGAAACCUAAGUUGAAUGUACACUAUGAGAAAGCUGGAUGUGAAAAUGUGGAUUCUCCGAAUGUUCUAUUUUUGCCGGGUUUUGGUGUUGGUUCUUUUCAUUAUGAGAAGCAAUUGAUGGAUUUAGGUCGUGAUUAUCGAGUGUGGGCGUUGGAUUUUUUAGGACAAGGGAUGUCUUUGCCUUUUGAAGAUCCUGCUCCUUUGUCUAAGGAAGAAGGGGUUACAUCAAGUGGAAAUGUUUCUCCUUGGGGUUUUGGAGAUGAAACUGAACCGUGGGCGACUGAGCUUGUGUAUUCGGUUGAUUUAUGGCAAGAUCAAGUUCGGUACUUUAUAGAAGAGGUUAUCGGUGAACCAGUCUAUCUUGUAGGCAACUCACUAGGAGGGUAUGUUGCUUUGUAUUUUGCCGCAUGCUAUCCUCAUUUAGUUAAAGGUGUAACAUUGCUUAAUGCAACACCCUUUUGGGCGCUUCUUCCAAAUCCAGUAAAAUCUCCUGGAUUUGCCAAACUAUUUCCAUGGGCUGGAACUUUCCCACUACCUUCAAGUAUAAAGAAACUUACACUGUUGUUGUGGGAGAAGAUUAGUGAUCCUAAAAGUAUUGCCGACGUACUCAAUCAAGUAUAUGCUGAUCAUUCAAUAAAUGUAGAUAACGUUUUUUCACGCAUAAUCGAAACCACAAGGCAUCCAGCAGCUGCAUCGUCAUUUGCUUCAAUUAUGUUUGCUCCACAAGGUGAAUUAUCGUUCAGUGAAACAUUAUCCAGAUGUCGAGCAAACAAGGUGCCAAUUUGCCUCAUGUAUGGAAAAGAAGAUCCUUGGGUGACGCCGCUAUUCGGACUUCAGGUUAAAAGGAAGGUGCCUGAAGCUCCAUAUUAUCAAAUCAGCCCUGCUGGUCACUGCCCUCAUGAUGAAGUCCCCGAGGUCAUAAAUUUCUUACUUCGCGGAUGGAUCAGAAAACUAGAGUCUGAGGGCUCAAUCUCAUUGCCUCUGCUUGAAGACAUAAACACUCUGAAUAACACUGUUGAAAGAGAGUUAGAAUUCCCCAGAAAAAGUUCAAAAAAAUCAGUGAAGGUCAAAUAUUUUGCUUCCAGUAUCUCACUUUGGGACAGGAUAAGAUCUUUCAUUAAAUUCUACUCGAAGUCCAGAAACUUGGCAACUAAAUCUCAAUGAGAUGGUGAACUAUGCCACCAUCAAAUAUAAAUCCACUUUGUAGAUUGUAUUCUCUUCCCCAUAGUUUGUAUCAAAGAAUCCACACACAAUUGUUUUAGAAUCAGAAGUUAAUGUUGUAUAUAUCAAUCAUAUCUCUUACCGAUCCUGUGCUAUUGCACAAAAAACUUUUCUUACAAGAGUGGCAAACUUAUAAUGAAAGACAUAUUAUAAGA